AAACACCCUUUCACUUUAAAACAAGAUAGAGUUCCUAAAAAAUACCAGUUGGUAAAACAUUUUAAGAUACAAAUACCAACUAGAAAAGAAUGGUCUGACCCGGGGGGAGUCAGGGAUCCCAAUGUGGAUCUAUGGUUCACUGAUGGGUCAGGCAUUAAUGACUACUUUGGGGCAGGAUUUUACGGGCCGAAGGAGAACCACAGGGAGAGUAUUCCUGUGGGAAGCCACUCAACUGUUUUUACAGCUGAGAUACUGGCUAGCCUAAAGUGCGCGGAAUAUCUGCUAAACAAAGAUACGAAGGGAAAGAAGAUAAACAUCUGCUCGGAUAGUAGAGCAGCCAUACAAGCGCUGGCAAAAACAACUCCCGAAUCAGCAUUGGUUUGGGAUUGCAUGCUAGCAUUAGAAAAAUUAGGCGGACUUAAUAAGGUCACGCUAGUAUGGGUGCCUGGGCAUCAAGGAAUACCAGGGAACGAAACCGCAGACAUGCAUGCCAAGAAGGGGGCUAAUGAAACACCAAUUGGCCAGGUGACGGAAAUACCCUUUGCAGUAGGCAAAGAAAUUAUCAAAGGUCGCCUAAAAAGGGAACACCUGGCCAGAUCUGAUAAACCUGGUACAAGGCUCAGGACUGUAUCUCGAGACCUAGCAAAAAACAAGUGGGAAGGCACAAAGGAUCAGCUACAUCUGGUGGCCGACAGGGACCCUGGUGGUACCUCCCACUACUACUACUACUACUACUACUACUAA